AUGGCGCCUGUUAAAGGGAAAUUAAAGCAGCGCCUGCUGUUCCUCCUCGUCCUUCUCCCGCUCUCAGGUGUUCUAUGCUUUAGCGAGCUAUUUUUCAUCAAGGAGCCGCAUGAUGUCACCGCCAUGCGAAAAGAAGCUGUCAUUUUGAAGUGUCAGGCGCAUGGAGAGGCACCCAUCGUCGUCAGAUGGCUCAAGAAUGGAGUAAAAGUGGCGGAGAGCGAACGCGUGCACCUUCUCUCCAAUGGCUCCCUUUAUAUUUCGGAAGUGGAGAGCCGAAGAGCCGACAAAUCAGAUGAAGGGUUCUAUCAGUGCCUUGCUCAGAACAAGUACGGAGCAAUCCUGAGUCAGAAAGCCCGCCUUACAAUCGCAAGUAUCUCCUCUUUUGCAAUCCAGCCGACACCCAUAGUGGUAACUGAAGGCUCAGUCGCGAGGUUUUCCUGCAAAAUCAGUGCCCACCCUCCUCCCAUCAUCACUUGGGAACUCAAUCGGGUCACAUUACCCCUUGCCACUGAAAGAAUCACAGUCCUGCCCAGUGGCGUUCUUCAAAUACAUGGGGUGCAGCGGGCAGAUGCUGGAAAUUACCGCUGCAUUGCCACCAACAUUGCCAGCCGCCGCCGCAGCACGGAGGCCCCCCUCACUGUCACCCCAGCUCUCAGCCUCCAGCUUUCCCAGAGGCCGCGCAUCAUCACUGGGCCCCAGAACAUUUCAGUGUCCCUCCACCAGAGUGCCAUCCUGGAGUGCAUGGCCACAGGCAAACCGCGACCCAUCAUCUCCUGGAGCCGAGCAGACAGCAAGUCAAUUGAUGUUUACAACACUAAAGUGUUGGGAAAUGGCAACCUCUUUAUCACAGACAUCAAGCCCAAGCAUGGAGGAGUCUACAUGUGCAGAGCCACCACUCCUGGCACACGGAACUUUACUGUUGCCUCAGCCAACAUCACUGUGUUAGCUCCACCCUCUUUGGUCGAGUGGCCGGAGAGCCUGACCCGACCACGCGCUGGCACCGCCCGCUUUGUGUGCCAAGCUGAAGGAGUUCCAACACCUCAAAUCACUUGGCUCAAGAACGGAGAGAGAGUUCACUCAAAUGGUCGAAUCAAGAUGUACAACAGCAAACUGGUGAUCAACCAGAUCAUACCUGAGGACGAUGCCAUCUAUCAGUGCCAGGCAGAGAAUGAGCAGGGAUCCGUCCUCUCGAUGGCGAGGCUCAUUGUGGUGAUGUCAGAGGAUCGACCGAGCGCACCCAGGAACCUCCGAGCUGACACAGUGUCGAGCUCUGCGAUCCUUCUGGCUUGGGAGAGACCUCUGUAUAACUCCGAUAAAGUUAUUGCUUACUCGGUGCACUACAUGAAGGCUGAAGGAUUAAACAACGAGGAAUAUCAAGUUGUCAUUGGAAACGAUACGACCCGCUACAUUAUUGAUGACCUGGAGCCGGCUCGCAACUACACCUUCUACGUUGUGGCCUACAUGCCCAUGGGAGCCAGUCGCAUGUCGGACCACGUGUUCCAGCACACGCUGGAGGAUGUUCCCCUCCGAGCCCCUGAGCUCAGCCUCACCAGCCGCAGCCCCACAGACAUCCAGGUGUCUUGGCAGCCUCUUCCAGACAAGCUGAGCCGUGGCCGAGUCUCUGCCUAUCGUUUGUCCUAUCGCACCAGUGCUGAGAAUACAGUCUCACAGUUAGAGCUGCCUGGAGAGAAGACCGAUCAUCUACUGGAAAACCUGCAGCCUGACACCAUCUACCUUCUGCGUAUCAAUGCUGCCACCAGCAUAGGGUUUGGUGAGCAGUCGGCCUGGACAUCCCACCGCACUCCCAAGGCGUCCAGUGCACGAGUACCUCUGGCUCCCGAGCUGCAUUUGGAGCCUUUGAACUGCACCACUAUCUUGGUGCGCUGGCAGUUGAUGAGCAGAAACUCAGUCAGUGUACAAGGCUACAGACUCUUCUAUCAUGAGGAGAGCCAGCCGGAGAACACACCAGCUCAGCUGCGCGCCUCAGCUAAUACACACACCAUCGGAGGCCUUGAUCCAAGGAAGAAGUACCAUGUUAAACUUCUGGCUUAUAAUUUCAUCGGAGAUGGCUACCAGGCGGACCAGACUAUCAGCACCCCUGGAUGUGUCUCUGUACGAGAUCGAAUGGUGCCUCCCCCACCUCCACCACACAACGUGUACGCCAAGGCUAACAGUUCCACAGCCAUGUUCCUGCACUGGGGCCGACCCGCCUUCACCUCCAGCAAUGCAGUCAAUUACACCAUCCGCUGCAACCCUGUGGAUCUGCAGAACGCCUCCCUGGUGCUCUACCUUCAGACGAAUGAGCAGAGCCUCCUGGUGCGAGAUCUGGAGCCCAACACCAAGUAUGAAUUUGCUAUUCGCCUUCACAUCGAUCAGCUCUCCAGCCCCUGGAGCCCUGUGGUCUAUCAGAGCACUUUCCCUGAACCUCCCAUGCUUCCCCCUUCAAACGUGAAAGUAACUCUGAUUGAGGACGACACUGCGCUGGUUUCCUGGAAGUCUCCAGAUGAAUCCAACAUCGCUGUGACACACUACACAAUCCUGUUUGCCUCUAGAAACGCGUGGAUAGCAGGGGAGUGGCAAGUGCUGCAAAGAGAAGGGACUAUCACCAUGGCACUGCUGGAGAACCUGAAGCCUGGUCAGGUUUACCUGGUGAAAGUUUCUGCAUCCAACCACAUGGGGGAUGGACCAUUCUCUCACACUGUGGAGCUGACAGUGUUUUCAGAUCUCUCCUCUGACCCUCGGCAAUCCACAGGCUUUUCUGAUGGCUUCUACCACCUGGACCAAAAAUCAAUGACAGGUAUCACUGUGGGGGUCUGCAUUGCUCUCAUCUGCAUCAUCAUUUGCGCUUUCAUUCUUGUCUGCCGAGGCAAAAACAGGAAAUUUUUAGCUACUAAAACUAACAGAGGAGGUGUGAGCACAUCGGCCUCGGCUGCAGGACAGCUGGGCUCUGACGGACAAGUUGAGAACGCUGAUGUGACUGUGCCAAUGAUGAGUCAAAACCAUUUCAUUGAUGCAAAGGGUGGAACAAAUCUCAUGAUCAAUUGUCUUGGUCCUGUUCAGCCCCGUGCAGAGACGAAAAAGAAAUGGUUCACCUUAAGCAAUAAUGUGAAGAAGGACAGUAAAGCAGUACAGAAUAUGAGACAUGGCGCCGUCACCUACCAGUCGGGCACCACAAUGUUAACAUAUGAGGACGAGCUAGUUUCUCCGGACCAACCCGGCAACCUGCAGUCCCUGCUCGGACACCAUGGCGACACAGAGGGAUCCUCUAACAGCGAGGGCAGCCACGAAACAGGUGACUCUGGUCGCUAUUCUCACGACGAGACAGAGAUGACCAACCUAUCAUCGGGUGCCAGCAGCCGCCCGCCAUCUCUGACGGCGGAGGACAUUGGAGGCUUAGACUGCCGCGGCCCUGCUGAAGAACCUGACGAGCUGUCGGAGGCUGACCUGAAGUUAAUGAAGUCUGUUGAGAAUGACUGCUGUCACCACGAGGUUCAGGGCAGUUCUCAAUCCGCACUUUCUCUCUAA